AUCAAUUUAAAUUGAUAUCUUUAAUAAUAAGUAAAAUAAUUCUUUAUAUUUUGUAUUGCAUAAUAAUUUUAGUUCUUUUGAAUGGAUUUAAAUUGAUAUCUUUAAUAAUAAGUAAAAUAAUUCUUUAUUUUUUGUAUUGCAUAGUAAUUUUAGUUCUUUUGAAUGUAUUUAAAUUGAUAUCUUUAAUAAUAAGUAAAAUAAUUCUUUAUAUUUUGUAUUGCAUAAUAAUUCUAGUUCUUUUGAAUGGAUUUAAGUUGAUAUCUUUAAUAAUAAGUAAAAUAAUUCUUAAUAUUUUGUAUUGCAUAAUAACUUUGGAUGCUUUGAAUGGACUUAAAUUGAUAUCCUUUGUAACAAGUAAAAUAAUUCUUUAUAUUUUGUUUUACAUGAUGAUUUUGGUUUCUUUGAAUGGAUUUCAAUUAAUAUCCUUAGUAACAAGUAAAAUAAUUCUUUGUAUUUCGUAUUGCAUAAUAAUUUUACUUCAUUUGAAUGGAUUUGGAUUGAUUUGUUGGGGAGAAAUAAUUAAUUGUUACACAUUUACACAUACUCAAAAUAAAAUACAAAAACAUAAAUUCUUACAAACUACCUACACAUACACUUACAAUCACAGUUCCACACCUACCCACUUUCAACAUUUAAAGAUAUUGAACAACGGAAUAAUGUACCUUGAGCACCUAAUCUGUAAUAAUGUUCGAUAAUAGCGGUCUUAUAGACGGGAUCGAUGAAAUGAGGCUGAAUAAUUAUAUAGAAUUAGAUAAUCCCGAAAGUUGUAAACAACACCUUGACGAUACAUCGAAACCAUUUACAAUUUUGACGCAAAACAUACGAAGCAUAAACAAGAACUUCGAUUCUUUAGUCGUAUUUUUGCAUCGUCUACGAUUUAAGCCUGAUAUUAUCGUACUAACAGAAUGUUGGCUUGAUGAUUCAUUUAAUGAAUUACAUCUAGAUGAUUACAAAUGCUUUUAUUCGACUAAAUAUUUAAAUAAAUGCGACGGUAUUGUUAUAUUUACUAAAACGGAGUUACAAGUAUGCGUGUCGGAACCGGAAUUUGUUAAUGCCAACUGUUUGCGAUUAGAUGUUGAUUGUUAUACAAUUAUAACGAUUUAUCGAUCACCAUCUUUGCAUAACAUAACUAGUUUUUUGGGUUCAUUGGAGGGAAUUAUUACGAAAUGUAAAAAUCAACACUGCGUCUUAGUGGGUGAUAUUAAUAUUGACAUUAAAGAAAACACUACUGACAAACGUGCUGAAGAGUAUCUCAGCUUAAUGGCCCAUUAUGGAUAUAUACCUGGUCACAGUAUACCAACAAGAGGUCAAAACUGUUUGGACCAUUGUAUGAUAAAGUCUUGUCAACCUUCAACCACUAUUGUCUGUCAUUCAGACCUUACAGAUCAUAGCAGUGUAUUGUGUAGCCUUGGUUCAAAUAUUUAUAAGGAAAAAAUUAAAUCAACUUUGACUAAGAUUAAUUAUGAUAGUUUAAAUGAGGACCUAAAGAAUUAUGACUGGUCGGAACUUUAUAGCUUAACUGAUGUAACGGUAGCAACGCAAUAUUUUAUAUCGAAAGUAAAUAACCUGAUUGAGAAAAACAAAUCUACUUUACAUUUUCGCAGAUCCAAAAUUAUUGUUAAAAAAUGGAUAACUCCAGGUCUUUUAAAAUCAAUUAGAACUCGGGACAAAUUACAUAUUGAUGCAAGGAAAAACCCCUACAAUUUAGAUUUACAAAAAAAGUAUAAGAGCUACAGAAAUAUGUGUGUUAACUUAAUACAAGAAGAAAAAAACAAAUAUGAAUAUAAAUUGCUAGCAGAAAGUAAAAAUAAUACUAAAAAAACAUGGAGUACUCUAAAAUCAAUCUGUGGUCUAAACAAAAGUGAAAAUAAAAGUAAUCAGUUAUUAAAACUAAAGGAAAAUACUGUUGAAUCUUUGGAUGCGGUGAACAAUUAUUUCGGCACUGUUGGUAAUCGUUUGGCUGAGACAAUUUUGGACGGAUUGGAUAUGACGGAAGCUGAUUUAAGUAAAAAUAUAAAGCCUAGUUGUUCGACUCCACCGCUACAUUCAUUAUUUUUCCAGCCAACCGAUGAAAAUGAGGUUGCCGUGCUCAUGGGUACACUGACGUCAAGCCGAGCUGUAGGACAUGACAAUAUAAGUAACGAAAUCCUCAAGCGUACCAGGAGUGUGAUUGCACCGCCCCUAGCCUAUUUGUGUAAUCUCAGUAUGGCAUCAGGAGUAGUUUCAGAUAAUUUAAAAAUUGCAGAGGUAAUACCUAUUUUUAAGACGGGUGAUGCAUUAGAACCGGCUAAUUAUAGACCAAUAUCAUUAUUGAGUGCGGUGGCUAAAAUAAUUGAAAAGGUGGUAAAUGUAAGACUACUUAAAUACUUGGAAAAAAACAACCUUUUAAGUCCGAACCAGUAUGGAUUUCGCCCUGCUCGCUCGACAGAGGAUGCUGUCACGAGCCUUGUUGAUUUUAUAACGGACAAAAUUAACGAUGGACAAAAAUGUGCUGGCGUCUUUUUGGACAUUGCAAAAGCCUUUGAUACCGUGUCGCGACCGAUACUAUUGAAAAAAAUGGAAUUAUUGGGAAUUAGAGGCUUAGCAUUGCAAUGGUUUCGGUCCUACCUGAGUGAACGGAAACAGCGAGUACGAAUUGGCGAAUUCAUGAGUCGAUAUACCGAGAUUGAUUACGGCGUGCCUCAAGGCAGUGUUUUGGGUCCUACUCUUUUCUUAAUCUACAUAAAUGAGCUCUGCUCACUUGAGUUGCCACAGGCUAGGAUCCUUACUUUCGCAGAUGACACUGCCAUAAUUUUCCAUGCUAAGACAUGGGCGGAGAUCGUUGUUGUGGCUGAGGGGGGAUUGAGUACUGUAGCCAACUGGAUGAAAAGCAAUUUACUGAGUCUCAAUACAAGCAAAACGAAACUCAUAGCUUUAAGUAUAUCGAAGAGGUCUGCCCCAAAUAAAGUCUUGAACCUUAAGCUUCACUCAUCCGACUGUUCAAAACACCCAAUAUCACUUCAAUGUCAAUGCCCGUCUAUCGAACAAGUUUCAUCUAUAAAAUACUUGGGAAUACUGAUUGAUGAACACCUUACAUGGAAAUUACAUAUUGAUGCAGUAACGAAACGCGUGAAAAAGCUAACACGUGCUUUUGAUAUUGACAAUAAACACAAUUUAAAUCGAAAUGGACCUUAUGGAGAUAUCAAUAAUUUCAAUUCUGAUAAUCAAAGGACUAUGAUGAGAUUUGAAUCACAUAUUCAAAAUCAAUCACCAUCAUCUAAUCCGAAAUCUGAAUAUGAAAAAUCUGACACAUUGACAAAAAUACUACAGUUAAUAGGUUUCAAUGGAAAUAUUAUUAACAGUGCUGUUAAAAUAUCAGCUAGCGGUAAAAUAAGGCCAACAACACUACAUGAACCUGAUAUAAGCCUCUUCGUAAAACCACAAUCAGAACCAGGAUUCAUGUUUCUUUCAAGAAGGAACAUAGCUCAAGAUUUAAAAUACGACCUAUUACAGGAACCCAUCCCUAAGGUAAAAGUAGUGCCCAACCAAGAUGAAAAAAAGCAAUCCGGCUUAAGUAGAAACCCAGAACCUGACCGUGAAAAAAAGCUGGAACCAGUUCUCAAACCAGGACCCGAUUUGUAUGAUAAAGUUGAGUCAAAUCUCAGUGAUAAAACGGAACCUAGUCCAAAACAGGAACCAGAACUUGACUUGAAUAAAAAGCAGGAUGCGGUUCCAUACCAAGAAAUAGAGCCUAACCUCGAUGAAAAGACAGAGCCGGAUACUGCUGAGAGUGAUUCUAAAACAGGAAACGAACCUAAUCAGCGAUCGGAUUCUGAAUCUCAAUUUUGGAAUCCAUUUACCAUAACUUUAGUUACAGUAGCAAUAUCUGUGACUUGUCUUGUAGUACUUGUUGGAGCAUAUCACUACGGAAAAGUUAGAGCUAAAGUCAACUCAUCAAUUUUAAGAGUCGAUGUUCAACCCCCAAUAAUUAUUCCUCGUGUCGGCAAACAAGUGUACGACUUACCUGAUGAUACAAAAAAUAGAGCAAUGGCGGUUUUAGUGAACGAAAUUAUGGAUCAAAUCCCCUUUUUUGGUAACUACAAAUCAUUUGAUAUCACUCCACCGUUCCAACGAAAUUCGAACUACUUCUUAAAUAACUUCGAAAACCAGCUUACAAUAGUUUCACCAUAUUUUUCAAAUAAAAACUUCACAAUAUCAGAAUUUUUUGGAUUAUUUUUUGAUGAAAUACUCUCGAAGUUUAAUUUUUCUGGAGACAAUGAUCAAGUAAGGAUUAAUUCCUUCAAUAAAUCCAAUGAAGAAAAAAGCGAAAAAAUAAAAAAGAUUGUUUUAAAUGACAAGAAAGACUUCAUCGGACACAUCAACUAUUCAGAAAUUAGCAAUAAAGAAGUGAGUAUCAAUACAAAAUGUUCUUUUGAGUCAAAAGAAAAUAUUUUAAAUAACUUUCACGUCACAAGAUUAAUUCACUCGGAAAUUCGUACAGAAAAUAAAUAUCAAGACGACAAAGAAAUAAAUAAAAUAUCUGAACCCAGGUCUUCUCAGGACUAUGAACAAAAACUAAUAUUUGACUUCAAGAUUAAUCCACAUCGAGAACCUGAUUCUGAUCAUGAAACCCAACCUGAUAAAGGGCCGGAAAACGAACCAAGUAAAAAAGAAAACACAGAUCCAGAGCGUGCCAAAAAACCAGACGACCAAUCAAAUGAACAGGAUGGCGAAGAUCUAGAGACAAAUGAAAACGAUAAAAAUGAAGGAGAUCCUGAGAAUGAAUCAAAUAAAAAGGAAGAAGAAGAUGAAAAUGGUGAAGUGAAUAAAGAAGAUGAUGGAGGCCCUGGGGAUGAAGGAAAUAAAAAGGAAGAAAAAGAUGAAUCAAAUAAAGAGGAUGAAAAAGAUCAGGAGGACGAAGGUGAUCAAGAUAAUGAUGGUGAUAAAGAAGAUAAAGACGGAGAUAAAAAUGAAGACGAUGGACAAAAUAAAGAAAACGAAGGAAACAAAGAGGAUGACGAGGUUGAAGAAAAUGAUCUGAACAAAGAAGAUGAAAAGGAGGAAGAAGAUCAGGAGAAUGGAGAAGAUCAAGAUGAAAAAGUAGACAACGAAGAAGAAGAAAAUAAGGAGGAUAAUGAAGAUGAAGCCAAUCAAAAUAUAGAAGAAGAAGGAGAAAAAAAUGACGAAGGCGAAGAAGAUGAAAACGAUGAAAUAGAGCAAGAAAGCGACGAUGACGGAGAAAAUAAAGAAAACGAAGAAAACAAAGAGGACGAGGAGGUUGGAGAAAACGAAGUGAACAAAGAAGAGGAAGGAGAUGAAAAGGAAGAGAUGGAGCAAGAGGACAACGAAGAUCAGAAGAAUGACGAAGAUCAAGACGACAAAGAGGACAGUGAAGAAGAAGAAAAUAAGGAGGACAAUGAAGAUGAAGACAGUAAAAAUAUAGAAGAAGAAGAAAAUGGUGGUGAAAAUGAUGAAGAUGACGAAACCAAUAAAGACGAAAACAAAGAAACACAAGAAGAAGAAGAUGAUGAUGAAAAUGAUGAAAUAGAGAAAGAAGAUGAAAAAGACCAGGAGAAUGAAGAGGGUCAAGAAGAUAGUGAAAAAAGUGAGGCAGAAAAAGAAGAUGAUGAGAAUAAAGAUGAUCAAGAAGAUGAUAAUAAUAAAGAGGAAGAAGAACACAAACAGGAAGAAAGAGAUGAAGACGAAGAAAAAGAAGACGAUGAAGCUCAAAAAGACGAAGAGGAUCGAGAAGAUCAAAAUGAGGAAGCAAAUAAAGAAGAUGAAGGUGAAUCAGAAAACGAUGAAAACAAAGGUGAUAAUGAAGACCAAGAGGAAAAGGGUAAUGAAGAGGGAGAGGCAGACCAAGAAGCUAAAGAAAAUGAAGAGGAUGAAGUAAAUAAAGAAGACGAAACCGAUAAAAAUAGUGAAGAAAAUCAAAGUGAAGAAGCAAAUGAAGAGGACGAAGAAUUACAGGGAAACGAAGCAAAUGAAGAGGACAAAGAAAAUAAGGACGAUGAGGAAGACCAACUGGACGGAGCAAAUAAAGAAGACAAAGAAGACCAAAAUAGCGAAGAAAAACCGAAAGCUUAAGAAUCAGACAGAAUAUUUUAGUUCUAACGACAACUAUAUGUCAUU